CUACAACUUAGCAAACCAUCAACCACACUCACAUCAGUUUCUUGACCACGAAAGUAAGGCAAGAAUUGAUAACGGUAGACCGUGUCUGUCACACUCGUAGUUUAAUACGCGUGAUUGAAGUAGAGACAACCCAUCGAGCGUGGUCUAUCUCAGCCUCUACAUGGCAACACUUCCAGUGCCGGGGUCGUCUUUACAUGGUCCUCAAGAUGCCACCACGACGGUCGCACAAGAAAUCACGAAAUGGUUGCGAUCAAUGCAAAGAGAGGAGAGUAAAGUGCGACGAGAAACAUCCGAUAUGCUCCAAUUGUACUUCUCGGGAGCUCAUCUGUACCUAUUUGAGGAACCCUAUAGCCCCAUCUCCGAGACGCACCGCUCAUGCAGUGGCCGAUCGCUCCCCAGACCCACCACACCAGGGGCAAUCGCAGUCAGAGAGCCAUGUCAAGCAGCCUAUCAGCUCCGUAAGAUCCGCCGAGCCCAGCUUUGGCCUUCGUGAUCUCGAACUCAUGCACAAGUUCUCGACCGACACCUUCAAAUGUCUAUGCGGAGACCAGUCCGACAUGGAUGACUGGCAGGUCCUCAUCCCCCAACAAGCAUCUAAACAUAUGUUCUUACUCCAUGGCAUCCUCGCACUAGCAGCCUUGCAAGUAGCAGCCACAGCCACAGAGCCCGCUUGUGUGCUGUCAUAUCUUGACGCCGCGCUUCAUUACCACAACAAAUCAUUCGCCCCAUUCCGACAAGCACUCGACGCCAUCACCCCGCUAAACUGCGACGCAGUCUUCGCCCAGUCCGCUAUAAUAACCGUCAUUGGCAUCGCCCUGCCACGCCUUAGCGCCCAGCAUAGAGGCGAAUGUUUCAGUAUGAUCGAGAACAUGAUCUCCGUGUUCGAGCUCCUACAAGGCUCGACUAAGGUCUCCCGUAUUAGUCGACCGUGGCUUAAAGCCAGCAUGUUUUCUAAAUACGACUUCUGGAUGAUAGAAGCUGGAGAGUUAGAUUCCGAGAAGACUGUUGCUAUAGAGAAACUGAGCCAAUUGAAUACUUGCAUCGCUGGUGCCGAGCAAAGUGGUGCUAACCGCGAGGCAAUUGACCUGUUACAAUCUUGCUUUGCUAAGUUUGCUCGUUCGUCUCAUCCGGUGGCUAUUCUUGCUUGGUUGGUCUAUACAAAGAAGGAAUUUAUUGAUGGGAUGCGGAUGCGUCAACCGUUUCCGUUAUUGGUUUUGAUGCAUUGGGGUGUGCUGUUGAAUGAGCUCGGGAGUCAUUUCUGGUGGGCGAAGGGGUGUGGUCGGGAUUUGGUAACUGAGUUGUUGGCAGAGAUUAAAGGUGAAGACCCAGUAUGGGAGCAGGCUUUGGAAUGGCCACGGAAGAUGAUAGGAGCCUGAAGAUUAAUCAAAAGCCUAUGUCUUGCGAGGCAUACAUAGACUGAGCAUGGCGCGACGCCAUGCAGGUUCGAG